AUGGAGGAAGCGAAGAAGCCAACCGGUCGGCCGUUGCGCAUCAUGAUGCUCACCAACUCAGAAUAUGGACAAGCGAACGUUCAUCUUGCCGUACUGUACGAGCUGAUCGUGAAAGGCGGGCUGGACAUCCAUUUCACUUCGUUCAAGAACCUCGAGCCUCGAGUAAAGGAUGUCGAACGACGAGCAGAAUGGUCUGCGGAUGGUCAAGACCGGUCCCCCUUGACUUUUCACGAUAUUGGAGGCACAUGCAUGAUCAAGAGAUUGGAGAAGAAGACCGGUAAACCAUUCGAGAGGGAGAUCAGGAAACCAGGCUUCUUCGGAGCGUGGAAAGCUCUAAGCAUGGCACCCGACAUCCUCAUGCCAUGGUCCGCCGACGAAUUCGUCGAACAGGUCGGACGUAUCGGAGGACUCAUCGACGAGAUCAAGCCGGACCUCGUCGUCUGUGACCCCCUUUACCUCAUCGGCCGUGAUGCGUGUCGGUGGAAAAACGCGAAAACGGUCAUCCUUUCGCCCAAUACGGUGAAAGAACAUGUGUUGCAUCUACAAGGCGUCAGAGCGCUCUGGAUGUGGGGCGGGAUCGCAACCGGAUACCCUUACCCUCUACCUUGGUACCUCAUCCCCCUUGCUAUCAUCAUCUCCCUCCGAGGAGCUAUCCUCAUGGUUGUCGCCUUCAAGAGCAACGCUAUAGCCAGUGCCCGAAAGGAGCUCGGCAUGGACUGGCCUCUUGCCGUGUUCGACAGAGAUGCUCCAAACGAGCUCAGGGAAUACAUCGUCUCGACCCCGGAACUCGAUCUUGCCGCUAUCAUCCCGCCCAAAGUUGCAUGUGUGGGGCCGAUCUUGCAAGCCGUCGAAACGGUCGGAGACAAAGACAGGGACUUGGCCGAUUGGCUGGCUCGCGGACCGACCGUCUUGAUCGUCCUCGGUUCGAUGUUUGACAUCCGACCGGCGUACGCUCAGGAGCUCGUAAAAGCUCUCAGGCAGAUCAUGGAUACCAGGAACGACGUCCAGAUCCUGUGGAAGUAUCAGUCCAGCGAGGUCAAGUCUGCUUCUGCGUUGGAACCUCUGCAAGACCUGGUCUCCGAAGAUCGUCUUCGUGUCGUAGACUGGCUCGAAGCCGAUCCAUUGGCAGUGCUCCAGACGGGCCACGUCUGUUGUUUCGUUAAUCACGGAGGAUCCAACUCGUAUCAUGAAGCCAUGGCGACUGGCACCCCUCAGGUCCUCUUGCCUGCUUGGUUCGACUGUUAUGAAUUUGCCGCCAGGACGGAGUGGCUACAGAACGGUGCAUGGGGCAAUGCAAAGGGAAGCUACACCGAUACCGGAAUUAUUGGCCAAGAAUUCGCCAACACGGUGUUAGAUGUGAUCGGACGGACCACCGAUGAUGACACGGCAAAGGCGAUGAAGGCGCGCUGUGUCGGUUACGCCAAGCUCGCUGUGGCUCGAGGAGGAAGACAGCGAGCUGCCGCCGAGAUCUUGCAGAUCGCUGAAGAUCUCGCAACUGCCAACCUUGACUGA